GUUGGAUGUCCCUGCGGCUCGCCCUCUCUCUCUUCAUCACACAGGAGGACACGGGACCGGGACCGGCAGGCAGAAACCCCAGGGCACAACGACAGCGGAGGGGAGACCAGCUGUUGAGAUGAAGUGAAGAGUGACGAGUCAGCACCUUGGAGUAGCAACACCCUACACAUCCCAGGACGCUUUGGACUUACGCACACACACACACACAUUAACACAUACACACACACACACCACACAUUAACACACACACACCCCACAUAUCAACACACAUUCUACAAUCUACAAGGACCUGAAACAGAUUCCCUAUCAGGUUGAACCCGUCUUGACGUGAGGGAUGAAGAGGGAUGUGCCUUUUCUCCCCCAACCCUGACAUCAUCACCCCCCUCGCCCUCACCCCAGCCUCCCCCCGCCUCACCCGGCCUCCCCCAGCCUCGCUCAUUCUCCUUCGCUCUCUCUCAUGGGAGUAACAUAGGAACCGCCGCUUCAUCGAAUGCCCCGCCCCCUCCUUGCGUUUCCGUGGUGACGGAAGCGCUAAGGAAGUGAUGUCGUGGAAGAGGAACUACUUUGCGUCGGGCGGAGGAUCAGGAGGGGUGCAGGGGUUGAUGACCCCACGAAACAUGACCUCCAUCGCUCCCAGUAAAGGCCUGAGCAACGAACCUGGGCAGAACAGCUGCUUCCUCAACAGUGCUCUGCAGGUCCUGUGGCAUCUUGAUAUUUUUCGCAGAAGUUUCCGGCAGCUAACCACACAUAAGUGCAUGGAGGACUCCUGCAUCUUCUGUGCUUUGAAGAGCAUCUUUGCCCAGUUCCAAUUCAGCAGUGAGCGUGUGUUACCGUCCGACGCACUGAGGAGCGCUCUGGCCAAGACCUUCCAGGAUGAGCAGAGAUUCCAGCUUGGAAUCAUGGAUGAUGCAGCUGAGUGCUUUGAAAACCUCCUGAUGCGUAUUCACUUCCACAUCAGUGCUGAGAGCAGAGAAGACAUCUGCACGGCCCAACACUGCAUACCCCACCAGAAGUUUGCCAUGACGCUGUUUGAGCAGUGUGUGUGCAACAGCUGCGGAGCAUCAUCAGACCCCCUGCCCUUCAUUCAGAUGGUGCACUAUAUCUCCACCACGUCCCUCUGUAAGCAGGCGGUCAGGAUGCUGGAGUGCCGGGAUAAACCCACACCAGAUAUGUUUGGGGAACUGCUUCGCAACGCCAGCAACAUGGGAGACCUACGGAACUGUCCUAGUAACUGUGGGGAGGUGCUGCGUAUCCGCCGGGUGCUCAUGAACUCUCCGGAGAUCGUGAGCAUCGGCCUGGUGUGGGACUCUGACCACUCGGACCUGGCCGAGGACGUCAUCCACAGCCUGGGGACCUGCCUGCGUCUGGGGGAUCUGUUCUACCGUGUGACAGAGGAGCGGGCGCGCCAGGCUGAGCUCUACCUGGUGGGCAUGGUGUGCUACUACGGCAAACACUACUCCACCUUCUUCUUCCAGACCAAGAUACGCAAGUGGAUGUACUUUGACGACGCACACGUCAAAGAGAUCGGUCCCAAGUGGAAGGACGUGGUUUCUCGCUGUAUAAAAGGUCACUACCAGCCUCUGCUGCUGCUGUAUGCUGACCCCCGGGGGACGCCGGUGGUAUGGCAGGACAGCCCCUCCAACCCCCACCUGGACCUGCAGCACUGCAGCCGAGGCUACGACAGUGAGGACUCUGGCAGGGAGCCGUCCAUCUCCAGUGACACCAGGACAGACUCGUCCACAGACAGUUCCAGCCACCGCAACCAGCCGACCCGAGCCCUGCACCAGUCCACAGGCAGCCACCUCUCCAACGAAUCCCAGAGCACGGUGGUGUGUAGCCACGACAACGCCACCCCCUCCACACACCUCUCCUCCUCCUCCUCGGGCAUCGGGGGGUGUGAGAGCGCUCUGGCAGGGCCUCACUGGAACGAGAGCACAAGCAGUGAGAGCAAGUCCAGCUCCUCUGGGGGCCGGUGUUACCGGCCAGCGUGGAGACCCAGGAGGGAGGCCCUGAACAUUGACAGCAUCUUCACCCGCCAGAGGGGCUCUCCGCUGGGCUACAGCACCAUGCCUCCGCCCCCUCCGCCCCAGGACCCCGGGACCCUGCCCACAGCCCCCAACCUGCAGGAGGAAACAGAGGGGGCAGGGCUGGCGGCGGGGGAAGUUGUGGUUGAGGGGGGAGCGCUGGCAUUGCUUGGCAACGGGACAGUGAGGCGCCCGCCCCCUCCUCCCCCCCCGCCUCCCCCGAGAGGGGCGGAGCAUCAGCCUCGACUGAUUCAGCGGAUGGAGAGCGGCUACGAGAGCAGUGAGAGGAACAGCAGCAGCCCGGACAGAGAGGUGGGACACAAGAGAGUAUUGAUGUCAGGCCCAUCAUGGAGGUCUGUGCCCAAGUCCAAGAGCAGCAGUGCUAUCUUGCAAGAAGUGCCAUCACCCAACUGGGGUAGCAGAGCCCACCCAGGCUCCAGCCGCAGUGAGCUGGACGAGCUGCAGGAGGAGGUGGCGAGGAGGGCUCGUCAGCAGGAACAGCAGAGGCUGAGGGAGGCUGAGAGGGAGGUGGCCAUGGGCUUCAACCCCAAACCCAGCAAGUACAUGGACCUGGACCAGCUCCAACACCAGGAACGGCAUGACGGCCCCUUCACAAUCCCCUCUUUAGCUCUGCUUCUCUCGUUUCUGCCUUUGUUUCCUCCAUAUUGUUCUCUUCUUACCCUCUCUUUCUCACUCUUUUUACCAUGUUCUCUUUUCCCUCUCUUCUCUGUCCUUAAUUCCCUGUGUCCCUCAUUCUCCCGCCCACUGUUCUCUGUUUCCGUCCUCCUUUCUCUCGUUCUCUCCCCUGCUCUGUCGUUAACAUUCUCAGCUGUGCUCAGACCCCUGCAUGAGGCUAACGCUCAUAGCGGAUUGGCUGUAGCUGCGUGCAUGAGGAGCACGGGUGGCCCAAUCAAACGCAGGCAGGAACAGGAAAUGGAACGGGAGACAGGAAGGACCCGCCCACAGGGGCCUCGCAGUGAACAGCCUGGCUCGGUCCAAGUAUUGCUGACGCCCAAUCAGGAGGAAGAGGAGGACCAGGCAGCCAACCAGGACGCUGCUCUGGGCCCCAGACCCCGUCCUCCACCCUACCAACCCCCCCCCUCCCCACCUCCCCUUCACUCCCGCCGGCGGCCCUGCUUCCUGGGUGCGGGGGAGAACGGGAGGUCUGAGGAUGGGGAGGGUGGAGUGGGGGAGAGGACGAGGGAGGGAGGAGAAGCGGGGACCGGGCUGUGCGAGUGGCUGCAGGUCGGCGGGGUGAGCGUGCGACCCCUGGGGAAACAUCUGGCCAUCUCCCUGCCCUCGCUACCGCUACGUCUCUGGGACACACGCACGCUGUCGGAGCCCCAGGAAACACACGGUCAGCCCUCACACAUGGGCAAACCACCGGGAACACACUCAGAGGGUUCCCACGCCGCCCCCCCUCCCCCGCACCCCCUCCCCCGGCUGCCCUGCUCCCCUUCCCUCGCCCCGCGCCAUUGGCCCAGCCGCAGAGCGCCCACUCACACCGCCACAUGUCAUUGGUCCUCCUGGAGCCUGGACCGUCCGGAUGCAGUGGUAGCCCCUUACAACACACCUCCUGACCGCUCUGCUCUCACCAGGCCUAGCGCCUCACCCCCCAACUACAACUCCCAGGAUGCCCCACGGCAGCUCCAGGAGCCCCGUGGCUCUGAGAAGGCAGAGCUGUCUGAGCUGGACUCGCUGUACCAGGCUAGCUUACGAGCAGGAAGAACAGUGUGGAGUCCGGCAGAGCGGCUCCUGCAACGCCAAGCAUCCCAGGCUCGCUCCCAGACCCCCAACGCUGGUGUGGAGAGGAGUGUGGACACCACCACCCGUACCAGCACCUGCUACAGCCGGCCAAUGACGAUGCACGGUCAGUGUUUGGGGGCGGAGUCGGCUGAUAAUAAUCUGCGUCAGAUUAGUCGCAGUUCAAGCGGCACUGUUGUCAGCAGCCGCCGCAACCGCUUGACGGCUACACGCAGCUUCGAGCUGUCCAAUGGCACGGGGAGUUUCUGGCUGUGUCUGACAGGGGUCAAGCUCUCCUCGGACGAGAGCCGCGGUCUCCUGCACUGAUGUCUCUUCUGACACCCCCACCCGCACCCUCCUUUGCUGUACUGAUAUCCUCAAGGGAAGCUGCCCCCGCCACACCCGGCCCCGCCCUCCCCAGCCCUGCCCCGCCCCGCCCCUACACAAACACACAUACAUACACACACCCAGUUAUACAAAUACAGUCCACUAUUAUAUAUUUACAUUUAGUCAUUUUGUCAUUUUAG